AUUUUCAUUCUUCAUCAGCCCACAGUAAUUUCGAAUAAACCUAUCAAUAUAUGGAUGCUUUUAAGUUACUGCAUCAUUUCUCACAUUUCAUUGUAUCAUAUAAAUCAAACUUCUCAUCAUUUUGAAUAGACUUGUAGGAUUCAGAUAGCUCGCGCUCGACAGUUGCAGGGCUUUCAAACGCGAUAAUAAUAAUUAUACCGCUAGAUCAGCAGCUUCUUGGCUCGAGACAAGGCAUCCAAUGCACUAAAUGUUCUGCCUGGUCGCGCACUAGUUACACUAAUAGUACUACAAUUAGACCUACUAGGCUGCACUGCCUUCUACCUAUUCAUCUACCCACGUUACCUGGGUAUAUGUGAGUAAAGUAUUUAAAUAACCCACCCCCCCUCUCAAUGAUUUCAGCUUUUGUGAAUGUUUCUUCCUUCUUCAUAAUUCCUCAGCUACUUUUUUUCUACUGAUAGAUUGGGCACCUUAAACCUAUACACGUUUCACGAUCGUCCUUCCUCUUUUCACUCAACAUGGCGUCGUCCAAUGGUAGCGUCUUCUCAGAGACGCUUCAGGAAAUCACGAACACCAAGUUGGAGGAGUUGUCUAAACGACGAUCGGACUUCGAAACCACCAAAUCCAAUAUUCUCUCCAUGCUAGAAGCUGAAAAGGAACCCACUCAACGUUUAUACAUCCUGAGUCAAGGCGUCAAGGCAUGCUACGCUCUGAAGCUUGGCAAGUUCAAGAAGGUCCCCAAUGUUAUCGCCCGGUGGCAGCAAAGCUCCGAGCUGGAGGUUGAGUUGAAGAACCUAGACCGCUUCUUAGCCCAAGCCAAAUAUGAUCCAUCUCUCUCUCUUAGCAUGCUGAAGAAAUGGGAAGAAUCCCUCCUACGCCACCUUGAUACACAGUCAUUGAAGUAUGAAUAUGCAUCUCUCUACGCUCAGCUAGUUACUGAGUGGUUAUCAACAACGGGUGCUAAGGAGGAUGAAGUCGAUGUAGCCAUGACGGAAGGCUUCGAAGAUGUCGCUAAAGCGAUGAAGCUCGAUUCUCGGCAACAAUGGGAGCGCACUGUUUUCGAGCCUGCCCAAGUUGAUGUAGCCCGUCUUCAAUCAUACCUCGACCAGCUUUUCGGUGUGGGGAGUAUGGAUUCGCCAGCCAAAUUGAAGGCGUUAAACCAUUUCAGACAAAAAGUCGCAACCUUCGAAAACGAAAUGGCAGCCCCCAACCAAUUUAACCCAAGGACUUUGAGAUGGGUUGCCGAUGGCCUCCUGUCGUCUGGUCUUCUCUCGGAUGAGAAACGCGAAGUGCUAAGGGACUUCAAAAAUAACACCAUUAUCUUGAGUGAGAUAUCCGACGUUUUAAACAUGAGAAUUACGUCGUUGAGCUCGUGGUCGUGGGGAUCAGCUGUGCCUUUGGAGCAGCGACGACAAAUCAGUGGUACAUAUAACGUGCUUAUGCACGAAGACCUCCUACAAGCACUAUUUUUACAAUACAUUGGCAUCAAGUGGUCCGUUUUCCUCAAGGAGGCCUUCCUAAAGUUUCGGGGGACUACCGGGGCCUGGGAGUCCGGUUGGAAGAAGAUGCCUAACAUUGACGCGGAGCGGCGAAAGUACUAUCUGGCCGGUGCGGAAAGGGAUCGGAAAAAUAGUGUUCAAUUCGUCAGGGAUAGGACUUAUCGUAAGCAUUAUUUCAUGGCCCAUUUGAUGGAUCAUGAGUCGCAGAGGAACGAGAUCGCCGAAGGUGAGGAAGAAGCUCAAUACCACGCGAUACCACCACCACCACCACCUGCUCUAGCAGUACCAGCAACAGCGCAACAAAUGCAGCAGCAAUCGUUGAUGCAACAGCAAGCGGUAAUGCAGCAGCGACAGGCACAGGCAUCAGCAUCCCGAAUGAGACAGGCCCCAGCGCCUUCAGCUCGGCGUGCCCCAAUAGCAGGCGGACCUACGGCGGGAGCAGCGCUUUUUGGAAGUGUUAGUAAUAACCCAAACCUUUUCCCAAAUCGUUCAGUUUACGACCCGCUAGAUGACGACGACGGAGAUAUAGAAAAUGAUGAAGAUUCCGACAACAAGCGACCAAUUCAGUCAAAGCAAAGACUAUUACGUCUCUUAUCAACCGAGAUCGCCGUCAAUACCAAGCUGUAUGGUGAGAUGACUGCUUUCCACUCCAUGUUUGAAAGGUGGAAUACUCUACUUCCCCACGAGACUAUUUUGACAGUCUUGUCGUUUUUCGGUGUCUCGAAAGCGUGGCUCAGCUUCUUCAAAAAGUUCCUCACGGCGCCUCUGAAAUUCCUUGAUGAUGAUCCCUCCGUACCCGCACGCAAUCGCUCUCGUGGCACACCUGCAUCCCAUGUUCUUAGUGAUGUUUUCGGUGAGUCGAUUCUAUUCUGCCUCGACUUCUCCGUGAACCAAUCUACUGCCGGUGCCGCGCUCUUCCGUAUGCAAGAUGAUUUCUGGUUUUGGUCGCGAGACCAUUCAGCAGCUGUCACAGCAUGGAAAUCUGUCACCGAAUUUGUCAAUGCUACCGGUACAUACAUCGACUCUACCAAAACUGGCACCUUGCGCAUCUCACGGGAUCCGGACGUUUCGCUUGAAAUCGACAGGUCUCUUCCCCAAGGCGAAAUUCGCUGGGGUUUCCUCAGGCUCAACCCACAGACCGGGAAAUUUGAAAUUGACCAGACAAUGGUAAAUAAGCACAUCAUUGAUCUGCGCAAGCAACUUCAAGACAAACAGAACAGCGUGAUAUCAUUCAUUCAGGCCUGGAACACAUAUGCAGCGACAUUCUUUACAUCUAACUUUGGUAAGGCGGCGAAUUGUUUUGGACAAGAUCACGUUGCACAAAUGCUUGCAACCCAUGAACGAAUCCAGCGCGAGGUGUUCUCGUCCUCGUCUUCUUUAGCGUCUAGCAGUGGAAACCAAAAGGGUGCGACAAACAUUGUCGAUUUCCUCAAGAAUGUCAUGGAGGAACGGUUCGGCGUAUCGAACAUCCCCGAUGCCUACCUCUUCUUCCCCAUGGAGCUGGGAGGGCUUGAUUUGAAGAGCCCCUUUGUAUCUAUCCUGCAGGUUCACGAUACCGUGUUGAAAGACCCCUCCAAGGAGCUAGAUAAAUUCUUCGAAGCCGAGAAGGACACGUAUAAUGUCCGCAAGCAUGCAUUCGAGAGAAACUCCCUCGGCCGAGCGAACCAACCCGGUUUUCAGUGGAAGCCCGAAAACCCGGCGGACCAGGAGAAUUUUAUGAGUUUCGCCGAGUACGUGCGCUACCGUGAAGAUAUCGGCUACAAUUUCGAUAACGACCUCUUUUCGGUGUAUAAGAAGCUACUGGAGUUGCCAGUAGAGGACGGGAUUCAAACCGCCGACGCCCGAGUCACUAGCGGUAUAAACGCGCUUGCGCAACAAGAUAAUCUGAGGAGUAUCACGGCGAAUUGGAACUCUAUGGAGCCGUAUUGGAAAUGGAUUGCGCAACUCUAUGGGCCCGAGGCGAUGGAUCGUUUUGACGGCUUGAAUAUCGUUGAGCCGGGACUGUUGCCGAUGGGUAUGGUGAGUAUCUUCCGUGAGAAGAGGGUUCAAUGGCAGGCUUAGGAGCUGAGGGAAAUGGAUGCGUAGCAUUACACUAGGAUUAUGAUAAGGAACGGGAGCUAUUACGCCUAGUCAUUGAACUUGAAUGGGUUUAUCUACACUCAUCUACUCAACCAAGAUAGUCCGUAGAUUCAGAUAGAUUAACAUUAACAUUAUGUUAUCACUUUAGUUUAGAUACCUAUUAAUUCAGCGAGAAGGCCGUUGAGUGAAACCAGA